AAUGUAAUCAUAAAAUAGAAUCGACUCUAUAGGAGCAGAGUCAUGAGAAUCAACUGAACUGAUGUAUAUGUGGGCACAAGUAUGUUUCUGUGUACGCAUACAUAUGUAUUUAUAUGUAUGUUUCAAUUUAUAAAUGUAUGUACACAAUAUCGACCUAUAUCCAUUUUAGGAUAUAAUAUUGGCACAUGGUUAAUACUCUAUAAACAUCAUCUAUCACUCCUUUUACUUCAUCCAGUGAGAAUAAAUACUGUUGUAAGAGCCCGUCAGAAGAUGCCACAUGUGUUUAAUGUUUUACCCAGCACCUAUACGUUUUAUCUCUGGUUAGGUGAAUAACUUGAAAUUUGAAGUAGACAACUGUUAGCUAAAAACAAUUCUUCACUGAGGAUAAUACAUUCAUAAACUACACAAAUAAUCUGAUAAAUAAUAAAACCAAUUUAAAUACUUGGCAAAUAGUCUCUCAGUUGUAGCAAUUGAUUUCAUUUUCCAAUGUGAUUGAAUCACAAGAUCUUUUUUCUUUCUGGAGUUUUUAUGUGGUUUAAAGAUUUAAAUUUGUUAUGGAAACAGGCCUUCAGUUGACCAAUGAUUAGCUAAUUUCUGAUAAUAGAAAAGGAAACAUAUUGCCCCAAGGCUGCUGUUUUCAUUUCCUCAUACAAAGAAGAAGCACAGUGGAGGAGAGAGGCAGAACCAGCACACUCAACCUUUGCUACCAUGGGGAACUGGGCUGUGAAUGAGGGACUCUCCAUCUUUGUCAUUCUGGUGUGGUUGGGGUUGAAUGUCUUCCUCUUUGUCCAUUACUACAAGGUUUAUGAUGAUGGACCUAAGUACUAUUAUACUCGAAAACUCCUUGGGUCAGCACUGGCUCUGGCCAGGGCACCUGCAGCCUGCCUGAAUUUCAACUGCAUGCUGAUCCUGCUGCCAGUGUGUCGAAAUCUGCUCUCCUUCCUCAGGGGUUCCAGUGCGUGUUGCUCAACAAGAAUUCGAAGACAACUGGAUCGGAACCUCACUUUCCAUAAAAUGGUAGCAUGGAUGAUAGCACUUCACACUGCGAUCCACACCAUUGCACAUCUGUUCAAUGUGGAGUGGUGUGUGAAUGCCAGAGUCAACAAUUCUGACCCAUAUUCAGUUGCACUCUCUGAAAUUGGUGACAAGGACCAUGAAGAGUAUCUCAAUUUUGCUAGAGAAAAAAUCAAGAACCCUGAAGGGGGCCUGUAUGUGGCUGUGACUCGGUUGGCUGGCAUCACAGGAAUUGUCAUCACACUGUGUCUCAUAUUAAUUAUCACAUCCUCUACCAAAACCAUCCGGAGGUCUUACUUUGAAGUGUUCUGGUAUACACACCAUCUCUUUGUGAUCUUCUUCAUCGGCCUUGCCAUCCAUGGAGCUGAACGAAUUGUACGUGGACAGACUAACGAGAGUUUGGAAGAGCAUAAAAUAAAUGUCUGUGAGAAACAAAUCUCACAAUGGGGAACAAGACCAGACUGCCCAGUACCAAAGUUCUCUGGAAACCCUCCCAUGACUUGGAAAUGGAUAGUGGGACCCAUGUUCCUGUAUCUCUGUGAGAGGCUGGUCCGGUUUUGGCGAUCUCAACAGAAGGUGGUCAUCACCAAGGUGGUCACUCACCCUUUUAAAACCAUUGAGCUUCAAAUGAAGAAGAAGGGAUUCAAGAUGGAGGUAGGACAGUACAUUUUUGUCAAGUGCCCCAAGGUAUCCAAGCUGGAAUGGCACCCAUUCACCCUGACCUCUGCUCCUGAGGAAGACUUUUUUAGCAUCCAUAUCCGUAUUGUGGGAGACUGGACAGAAGGACUAUUCAAUGCCUGUGGCUGUGAUAAGCAAGAGUUCCAAGAUGCCUGGAAACUACCUAAGAUAGCAGUCGAUGGGCCCUUUGGCACAGCCAGUGAAGAUGUGUUCAGCUAUGAAGUGGUAAUGCUAGUGGGAGCAGGGAUUGGAGUCACGCCUUUCGCCUCCAUUCUCAAGUCUGUCUGGUACAAAUAUUGCAAUAAUGCCACAAAUCUGAGGCUCAAAAAGAUCUACUUCUACUGGCUGUGCAGGGACACACAUGCCUUUGAGUGGUUUGCAGACCUGCUGCAGCUGCUGGAGACCCAGAUGCAGGAAAGGAACAAUGCCGACUUCCUCAGCUACAACAUCUACCUUACUGGCUGGGAUGAGUCUCAGGCCAAUCACUUUGCUGUACACCACGAUGAGGAGAAAGAUGUGAUCACAGGCCUAAAACAAAAGACUCUGUAUGGACGGCCCAACUGGGAUAAUGAAUUCAAGACAAUUGCAAGUCAACACCCUAACACCAGAAUAGGAGUUUUCCUUUGUGGCCCUGAAGCCUUGGCUAACACCCUCAACAAACAGAGCAUCUCCAACUCUGAGUCCGGCCCUCGUGGAGUCCAUUUUAUUUUCAACAAGGAAAACUUCUAACUCACUCUGUCAUGAAGAAACAAGUGUAUGCUGCCGAAUGCCCCGGUAUGCUGGUUGACUGUAUGCGUUCCAUCCUCUGAAGAAAGGAGGAGGAAACUAUAAUGGCAUAGCCCUCUAAAAAGAAUUCUGAAGAUUGCUUGCUAGUGGUAGGUCACAUUUGCAUGGAGCUUCAUGGCUUUCAUGGCACUUUUACAAACAUUGUUAUGUUGCUUUAUUUCAUUGCCCUCUGCCAUGCCAGAAGAGGGGAAGGCAAGAAUUGUCUGGGACUCAUUUUAGGAUAAACAAUGGGAGCUCCAAUAAUUUCAGCACCGUCCUUCAGAUUCAGAAGCUGAAGCCAGAUCUAUGCCAUCUUACUCCAAGUGUGGUAAUCUUCUAUUUAAUACCAGGCUGUCUCAAGAAUCAGUUUUUAAUACCCUCCCCUAACAAGAGAGCAAUCAAAGAGUAGCUCAUCAUUCUUCAGUUUUGUUUCAUCUUUAACAUUAGCAUUUUGUAAAAGGACACUUUUUUUUAUGGAGGAGAUAAUGAUGCUGACAGUGACUUAAUACUUACUAGUGACAGUAUUGGCAUGGAAGUGUAUUCCAGUUUAUCAGCAGAACAGCCUAAGGGGGUCAGAGAUUAUUCCUACAAAGGAACAUUAGACUGAUUAGAGUUAGGGUAGCACUCUGCAUUGAGCACGGUGCUUGGCAGAGUGGGUGUUCAAGAUCAGUUUACUGAAUGAAUAAACAAAUGAAUGCAAACAUUUAGAACUAUGCAGUGUCACAGUGGAAUUAGUUGAAGGCCAGAGACAAAAUUACUCUUCUGCUUCUUUUACAGACCAGAGGAUCCUGAUUGCCCUGGGGAUGGAGAGCAGGAUAUGAACCAAUAGGGAUAGCCUGGCCUAGUGUGUUCAUCCCAUUGUUAUUUGGAAGCAGGAGGGAUGAUUUCAGAGACCUAAACCCCUAUGAUGAUGCUGGCUAACACUGCUAGUCCUAGUCCAUAAAAGGGGAGAAAACAUCUAUUUACUGCCAGAAAUGGUCUGCUCUAGCCAACCCUUGUGAAUUUUGAACUGAAUUCUAGCAAAUAUGUAUCUGAUAAUACAUAUCUGCUUAGGGUCCAUAUAUUCUUUUUGCUUAAAUGCCCACACAAAUAGAUCUUAUGUGUAUAGACAAUAGCUUGUUUUUAACUACAGCAUUUUCCUCACCACCAUUACCGGCACUACCAUCUUUCUGAAAUAUAAAUCUUAGAAAUUGUAAUCCCCAAAUAGUGUAAUCACACCCAAUAUUUUAUGGGUAGUCAGCAGUGCAAGACAGAGUCUAAAUCACUGCUAGAAUAGUCACAGGUUCUUUAAAAAAGUCACAAAAACUAUUCCCAUUGCUGGGAACUCAAAACAGCUAUGAUUGCCCCAUCACCGGGGAUACAAAUAUUUCUAACUAUUAACCUUUGGUAAUGAGGAAGAAAGAACAGAGGGAAGGGCAGAGGCCCUGUUGCAGAGAAGGGAAAGUGUUGAAACAACAGAAGAGAAAAUAAAAUACAGCACUCAAAAGGGCAAAGGCAGGGGAAGGGUCACACAGUGGUCAUGUUCCACCCUCCAGUUCUGGUUUGUGUGUAUUGCAUGGAAUUGAAGGAGACAUGCAGACUCAUCUUGUUUUGACUUCAUCUAGUGUUGAAUCUUUUCAAUUCUCGUCACAAAUUUUGAUGUUAUGUGGGCAGUUUGAUGGGACUAGAUGAAAUGAGAGCUCAGAUGUCCCUUACAUUACUUCUAUGCCCUUAUUCUGCCAAGAUCCUUAGAGCACUGAAGGUUGGUUCUGGCAAAUAAGGCCUUCCUAGAUGCACACAUGGUACCACAAGAAAAGUUUUCCCUGGAGAAAGGUCCAGCCUCUUCAUAUUGCACCCUAGGCAUUAGUCCAUUCAUUCAACAUACAUUUUUUUUGUAUAAUUAACAUGAGUAAGAUACUGUGUGCAUAGUUUUAAUUAUUUGUAGCAAAGUUUGAGCUAGAGGGAGACCUCAGUUAUAUUGAAUUUGAACAAAUGUUUCUAACAAAGUGGUAUUAAGUAAUGUCUCUCUGUUGCUCCAAGAAUGUUUCUCCAGUUUUCUAUAGAUACCAACAUAGUUCCCAAAAUAGAGAUCUCCCCUGUGUUAUUCUGGCUAUGAGAUGGAAAACGAGUGCAAUGUGCUUCUUGGUUGAGAACUUCCUUCUCUUUCCUCCCCAGCCCCCCAGCUCCCAGCUCCCAGCUGCCAGCUGCCAGCAUAGCUCUUUCAGCAUUUAUUUCUUAGAAUUUAGUAACAGAUAUCGAGAUCUGUCUUUAGUAACAAAUGUCAGAUGAGAAAAUAAGGCUACACAUGCUUUUCUUAGAUUUUCUUGCUUUUGCAAUAUCAUGUUUAUGGAAUUUGAAUACUUACAGCUAUUGUAUAUGAAUAGUUUGGGGGAGAAGACGAUCUGGGGAUAACUUGUAGAAAUAGUUAUUAAAACUUGCUUCAAUGUUGAAAUCA